AUGGCUCUCAACCCUCGUCGUACAGUCCUAGUCGUUGUGGAUGUCCAGGAGCGUUUCCGCGGCGCGAUUCACAACUUUGACGCCAUGGCCGCGACUGUCAGGCGUAUGGUCCUGGCUGCUGGCAUUCUUGACAUGCGCGUUCUCACCACGGAGCAGAACCCCCGCGCACUCGGAGCCACGAUCCCGGAGCUUGGCAUUGGCGCGCUUCCUAAGCACCUCAACCUCGGCACCUUUGCAAAGACCAAGUUCUCCGUCAUGACCCCAGAGGUGUGCAGGGUGCUCGGCGGUCGCUACGGCGCCAUGUUCGACGCCGAGAACCCGGUCGACCCAGAGGGUACCGACAACGUGAUCCUUGUCGGCAUCGAGUCGCACGUGUGCGUGUACCAGAGCGCGCUCGAAGCCCGCUACGGCAAGGGCAACCCGCCCAUCGUCAUCGCCGAUGGCGUGAGCAGCUGCAACAAGGAGGAGAUUGGGCUCAGCCUGAACCGCAUGCGCGCUGCCGGCGUUGACGUGGGUUCCUCCGAGAGCGUCCUCUUCCAGCUCAUGGGCGACGCGAGCAACGACAAGUUUAAGGAGUUCCAGAAACUCAUCAAGGCCGAGCUGCCCACCACCAAGGCGUCGCUGCAGACCCUGUUCCCGACAGCCGCCGACGCAAAGCUGUAA